AUGUUGUGCAUUUGUGUAGACCCAUCAACAGUGGUACUUCAAGCUGGAAGCGCCUCUCGUAAGAAUGGAACCAUAAUACCCAUAGCGGAAGUCAUCCCUCAUCCGAAAUACAACGAUCCCCAAUUCGACAAGGAUGUGGCGGUCAUGAGGACCGUGGACCCCAUUAAUUUCUCUGACAUCAUGCAGCCAAUACCACUUCCAAAGCUUUGGCGUCCUAUGAGAGGUGGCACUAAGAUUAUGGUCAGCGGCUGGGGGGCAACCAAGGAAGGCAUGUCUUCGUUUCCGGAAAGGCUGAUGGACAUCGAGAUCUCCGUGGUGUACCGCGCAGUCUGCCAUGCCUCGUACCCGGGGAUUCUGACCGAAAACAUGUGGUGUGGAGGCAACUACUUCUUAGGCGGUCAGGGAACUUGCCAAGGUGAUUCCGGCAGUGCUGCGAUCCAAGACGGUAUGGCAGUGGGUAUCGUCUCGUUCGCCCGCGGCUGCGCCCGGCCGCUCUCGCCGACCGUGUUCGCGAACACCGCCGCGCCUGCCAUACGGAACUUCAUCAAACAGCACACGGGCCUUUGA